AUGAUGAAAAACAAAAUUAGACUUACAGCUCUCGAUAUAAUGGCACUUGUGACAGAACUAAAGUAAAAGUUAAUAGGGACAAGGUAAGAAUUUGAUUAAUAAAAAGACUUUCAAAUAUUUACAAUAUUGAUGCUAAGACAUAUGUUUUCAAAUUCUCUUUACAGGAAUCAAAAUCUUAUUUAGUGAUAGAAAAUGGUUUGAGAUUUAAUCUUUCUGAUACUAUAGAGAAAAAUAAAGUGCCUUCAGGAUUCACUAUGAAAUUUAGAAAGUUUUUAAGGAGCAGAAGACUAGAAAGCAUAGAAUAAAUAGGAGUUGAAAGAGUGGUAGUGUUUACUUUCGGAAGGGAAGAUCAUACUUAUUAUCUCAUAUUGGAAUUAUACUCUUAAGGAAAUAUCAUACUAGCAGACAAAGAUUACAGAAUUAUUUAAUUGACUAGACAACAUGAAUUUUCAGAAAAUGCAAAGUAUUUAAUAUUAAAAUUAUAAGGGUUGCUCCUAAUGAGAUUUACCCUUUUGAGUUUACAGCAACAAAUUAUCUUGAGAAAUUCGAUACAUCUAUGGAAAGAAUUCAGAAAGUGAUAAGUGAGAAGGCAGGAUAAAAAUUAAAAGAAGUGGUAUUUAAAUUAGUGCCUUGUUUACAUUAAACAUUAACAGAUGAUAUAAUAUAAUAGUUGCAAAUGAAUUAGAAUGAAAAGAUUGUUAAUCAAUUUGAUAAUGUAAAGAAAGUAGUAGAUUAUGCAAUGGAAUAUAUAAAUAAAUAUCGCUCUUAAACUCAAUAUAAAGGUUAUUUAUGUGCAAAAGAAGCACCUAAAGAUGCAGAAUAAAAACCAAAGUUUUUUGAUUUUGCUGCUGAUUAACCUGGUUAUUAUUAGGGAAAAUAUGUUGUUGAAACUCCUACUUUUAAUGAAGCCGUACAUCAAUAUUUUUUAGUGGUUGAUAGACAGGAAGAAAAUAAGCAAUCGAUAGAAGAUAUAGCUUGGAAGAAAUUUGAAAAUAUUAAAUAGGAUCAAAUGAGUAGAAUACAAAAGUUGUAAGUAGAACAGGAUGAAUAUAUUAUGAAGGCAGGACUUAUUUAAGAAAAUAUUAAUGAUGUCUAAGCGAUUAUAGACAUUAUUCAAAAGAUGAUAGAUAAUGGUAUUCCUUGGGACAAAAUACAAAGGAUGAUUAAUGAUAGUAAAAAAGAAGGCAAUCCACUUUCAAAUAUGAUAGGAGGAAUGAAUUUGGUAUUAAUAUUCAUUUAUUUUUAUUUUAGAAAUAAAACAAAGUGAUAAUAUUGUUAGGUAAUAAGGAAGAUGAAUAUUCAGAUUUGGUACAAAUAGAAAUUGAUAUAACUUAAUCUGCUUAUCAAAAUGCCAGAAAAUAUUAUGAAAGCAAAAAGAAAAAUAGAGAUAAGGAAAUAAAAACAAAGGAGGCUGUUGAAUAAGCAUUGAAAUAGGCUGAAAAAACUGCUUUGAAGGAAAUAGAGAGGGAAAAAAAUAAAAUAUAGAAAGUGUAAAAUCAAAGAAAAAAGUAUUGGUUUGAAAAAUUCUAUUGGUUUAUUUCAUCUGAUGGAUAUUUAGUAAUAAGUGGUAAGGAUGUACAAUAGAAUGAAAUGAUUGUUAAGAGAUAUAUGAAUAAAGAUGAUAUAUACAUGCAUGCUGAUAUUUAUGGAUCAGCCUCUACAAUAGUAAAGAAUCCUAAUGAAGUUCCUAUUCCAGAGACAACAAUAAUGCAAGCAGCCACUGCAACUAUAUGCAGAUCAAAAUCUUGGGAUGCUAAAAUAGUUGUAUCUGCUUGGUGGGUUCAUGCAUCAUAAGUAAGUAAAAGUGCACCAACAGGUAUGAAUAUACCAGCUGGUUCUUUUAUGAUCUAUGGAAAAAAGAAUUUUAUUUAUCCUCCUAGAUUAGAAAUGGGUUGUACAAUUUUAUAUUAGUUGGAUUAAGAUAGUAUUAAGAGACAUGAGGAGGAAAGAAAGAAAAAAUUAAGAGAAGAAUAAUCACAGGUUGAUGAGUCUGAAUAAAAUGAAAGUGAAAUUACAGAAAAAAAUAUACUUGAUUCAGACAAUGAUGAUAAUGAUGAUAAUAAUGAAGAUGAUAAUAAAGUAGAUUUAGUUGAUUUAGAAAAGACUAAUUCUGUUUAAACUAUUUAAUAAGGAGAUAAAGAAUAUACUAUUGUAGAAGUGAAUCCAAAUGCAAGAAUGAUUUAAUAAAGAAAUGAUAAGAAAUAAAAAGAAAAAGAUCAGUAGUAAAAGUAAUAAUAAUAAUAGUAAUAAUAAUAAUAAUAAUAAUCAAAAUAAUAAUAAUAACAAUAACAAUAAUAAUCAAAAUAAUAAUAAUAAUAAUCUAAAUAAUAACCGAAAUAAUAAUAAUAAUAGCCUAAAUAAUAAGAAUAAAAACAAAAUGCUAAAGAUGCUGAAAAUGAUAGUUCUGAUGAUGAUAAAAAAAAUUAGAAAAAUCCUAAAACUUAACAAGUAAGAGGCAAAAAAAACAAAAUGAAAAAAGUUAAAGAAAAAUAUGCUGAUUAAUCAGAUGAAGAGAGAGAAUUAAGAUAAAAGUUAAUGGGAGCUACAUAUAUGAAAAAUGAAGUAAGACCAGAAAAAAAAAAGAAAAAUUAAGAUAAAAAUGAAUCUACAAAAUAAGAUUAGGAUUAACAAUAAUAAUAAGAAGAAUAAAUAAAAGAUAAAGAAUAUUAUAAAAAAUAAUAAUUAAAAUAAGACUCUAUCACAGUUAAAUUGCUUAAAUAAUAAGGUAUUGAAGCCACAAAGGAUGAAAAUAAACCUGAUUAAUAAAUUUAAGAAGUUCAUUAAGAAAAAAUAGAACAAUAAUUACAAUAAAAUCAAUAAUAAUUGCAACAAGAAGUUUUAUAAUAAAAAGAACCAGAAAAUCUAGAUAAUAAAUAAGAAGAGGUAGAUAGCGAUGAUGAAAAAUAAGAAAAAUAACCUGAAUAAGAAGAAGACAAUAUUGAAUAUACUGAAAUGUAAAAACUUGUUUCUUAUCUAUAUGCGGAUGGUAUUAAUUUUCUUAUAUAUUUAUUAGAUAAAUAUCUAAGUCUUAUUCCUAUGGUUGCUCCUUAUUCAGUUAUAGGAACUUAUAAAUUCAAAAUUAAAAUUGCACCAGGAUCAUUGAAAAAAGGAAAAGGUAAAUUUUCAUCUAAAUUUUUUAAGCUGGAAAGGAAAUUUUAAAUUUCUUCUAGGUCAAUAAAGAUAUCACUAAUCAAGAGAGAUAACUUCUGAAAAUGAUAACAGAUGAAGAAAUUGUUCAAACUAUGCUACCAGGAGUUAAAUUAACAGGAGUUGGAAUGCUUUAAAUGAAAUAAAAAGAGAAAUAAUUAAAGAAAUAAUAACCUAAAAAAAAUAAAUGA